GGCAACAAAAGUGCAUGGUUUGAAUUACGUGAAGACCAGCUCCUGCUGCCUACAGGCCUGUAGGUUUUCUGUAGCCUUACAGCUUGGUAAUUGAAAACGUCACCAGCUACAGGAAGUAGCAGAGUGGAAAUUAUUUUCAGUUGAACAGCAGUUACCUUUCAAUUUCACCAUAAAGGGAGUUUUGGCCUCACGCAUCUUCAGAACAUUUUCAUUUGCGGCGUCGGCGCUGCCCAAAGUCCCAAGAAUGGUCCCGCAUAAUAUGACGUGGAUCAAGUACCCAACCCUGAGCAAAGAUUCAUCCACCAACUUUGAAGAGAUUAUAUUCUCCCAAGAAGUCAUCUCAAGGGUCAUGCAUGCAUACAUCGCGUUCUUUGUGCCAGCUGGUUUACUGGCCGGCAUCCUUCUCCUGGGGAUCGGCAUCAAGAACUACCGGAGUCACACCCUAGAGAAAUUAGAUAUCCUGUUUUGCUCCCAGACGGUCAGCAACAUCCUCCUCAUCCUUUUAUCCCUUACAGUCGCUGUGCGGCCCGCCUAUCUCAAGCUAUCCUACAUAUCGUGCGGGACGCUGUCGUUCUUUUUCAACCUGGGUUACUUCAGUUCUCAGUACCUACUCAUCUUAAUGGUUCUUAGCCUUUUUCUCAGCAGACACCCACCCCAGAACGCUUUAGUCACCAAAGCAUGCCAAAGCCCAAAGGUGUGUGUCGGAUUUGUACUGAUGUGCAGCUCCUGCGCUGCGCUAAUGCUGAGUGCGCUGCUGGGCAUAGAAAAUUACCACAAAGAGACAGACUGCCAACUGGAUCCUUUGUUCGCAUGGCCUGAAUACGAGAUGAUUAAAUUUACUUUUGGGUUCUGUGCUCCCUCUUUGGCCGGGCUCCUCUGCUUUAUUCUAGCAUUGGUUAAAAAGACCCAUCCCUCGAGGAAAAACAGCCAUCCUCUUUCCACCGUUUUGGUGAUCAUGACAACCACGUUGGUGUGCCAUCUGUUUUAUAACAUCAUGAUCCUCUUCAGGACCAGCCUGAAGGUAAAGGGAGACGUGGGCACACCUCAGAAUGAGUUGAUCAUGAAUAUUGCAGAGGUGGUGUUGUUCAGUGAAAUCUGCCUCAAUUUGGUGGUCCUGCUCUGCCUGCACCACCCGUACAGGACCACUCUACUGAAUACUAUAAAAAAUCUCAGCGGAGUUUGCAGGAGGAGACGGGACAGCAACAGGUCUCUUGAAAUUCAGGAAACUCCAACUGGACCCUCUGAAAUGAGAUCCCGCUGAGAUCACUCUGCAAAAUAUGAAGCCUUACGGAACUGCGCUAUCGGCUGACAUCUACAAAAUGGCGAGAAACGGAAAGUCUCCCUGUUCCAUUGUCUGUAAGACUUGGCCACUGACGUUUUUCUCUGGCAGGGGGUUUUGACGGCCACCGUCGCAAGAAUGCCGCCCGCGUCUCCUUCUGUGCGGGUGUUUUGUUCCUAUGUGCUGAUC